AUGUCGCAAACUCAUACAAUAGAGGCGCUAGACGUCGCAAGCGCAAAUGUUAUUGCUACUGGUCUUCACAAGAAAACUAAAAGAGUCGUUAAUGGAUUAGGUUCAUUGAUGGGCUCAAAAGAAAUGGUCGAUUUAACAAAUGAAUCUAUCAACACUACAAAUGUCAAUUUGCCAAGUUCAUUAUCGUCGUCUUCAUCAACAACAACAAAUAGAAAACAUAUUUCCGAACAACCUUGGACUCUACACAAUUGGCAUGAACAUAUUAAUUGGCUAAAUUUUGUCUUAGUGGUUUUAAUCCCUGCAAUAGGCUGGUAUUUGGCUCUUUCUGGUUUAAUUCCAUUGAAAUUGAAGACUGCUUUGUUCUCGGUAUUUUACUACGCUCUUGGUGGUGCUUCAAUCACUGCAGGUUAUCAUAGGCUAUGGUCCCAUAGAUCUUAUAGUGCAAGAUGGCCUCUAAGAUUAUUUUUUGCAUUGUUCGGUUCGGCUUCUGUGCAAGGUUCUGCGAAAUGGUGGGGCCAUUCACACAGAAUUCAUCAUCGUUACACCGAUACAAACAGAGAUCCUUAUGAUGCAAGAAAAGGCUUAUGGUAUUCUCACAUGGGUUGGAUGCUGUUGAAACCAAACCCAAAAUAUAAAGCAAGAGCUGAUAUUCAAGAUCUAAAUGACGAUUGGAUCGUUAGAUUUCAACAUAGACAUUAUAUUCCUUUGAUGUUAAUUUUUGCAUUUAUAUUACCAUCAAUCAUCGCAGGUAGAUACUUCAAUGAUUAUUUAGGUGGGUUUUUAUACGCUGGUAUAAUUAGGGUAUUUUGUAUCCAGCAAGCUACUUUUUGCAUUAACUCGAUGGCUCAUUACAUCGGUGCUCAACCAUUUGAUGAUAAAAGAACCCCAAGAGAUAAUUGGUUAACUGCGUUAGUCACAUUUGGAGAAGGUUAUCAUAACUUCCAUCAUGAGUUCCCAAGUGAUUAUAGAAAUGCAAUUAAAUGGUAUCAAUAUGACCCAACAAAAGUUAUUAUUUAUUUAACGUCUUUAGUUGGUUUAUCAUACGAUUUAAAGACCUUCUCAAGUUUAGCGAUCAAACAAGCAUUAGUACAACAGGAACAAAAAAAAUUGGAUAAAAAGAAAAACGCAUUAACUUGGGGUCCUUCCUUAACAAAUUUACCAAAGUGGGAUAAGGCUCAGUUCAUUGAAGAAUCAAAGACUAACGGUAACUUAAUCGUUAUUUCCGGUAUCGUUCAUGACGUUAAAGGUUAUAUCACCGAACAUCCUGGUGGACAACUAUUAAUCAAAAGUGCACUAGGAAAAGAUGCUACUUCUGCAUUCAAUGGUGGUGUCUACAGACACUCAAACGCUGCCACCAAUGUGUUAGCUAAUUUAAGAGUUGCCGUGAUAGUAGAAAGCGAAGAAAGUGCAUUGAAGUUUGCAGCCAGAAGAGGAGAACAUUAUUAUGACGAAAAGAAGACCAUCUAA